ACACAGCUUGGUAGACUGGGAGGAAGGGAGCGGGUGGUAGAUUGGAACGGAACGGAAAAACGCAGAUUCCGGCGCUCCACUUCUGUGUUUGGGGGCGUUUUGGACAGAGACACGCUAUAGCACUUGAUCAUUGUUAUUUUUUUAUACUCCUGUUGUACUCGGAAGCAGUCUGUAGCCCUGAAAAGUAGAAUGGCUGAGCAGAGCAGCAGAUACCAGCAGCUGCAGAACGAGGAGGAACCAGGUGAAGGUUCAAAUUCUGCGUCAGAUGCACCACCACCCUAUAGUAGCAUUGCUGCAGACAGUGCAGCUUUCUUUGAUUAUAAAGAUGAAUCUGGUUUCCCCAAACCACCUUCCUAUAAUGUUGCCACAUCACUGCCUUCGUAUGAUGAAGCUGAAAGAACUAAAGCAGAAGCUACAGUUCCUCUGGUGUCUGGAAGAGAUGACGAGUUUGUAGCUAGAGAUGACUUUGAUGAUGCUGACCAGCUAAGAAUAGGAAAUGAUGGCAUUUUCAUGUUAACAUUUUUCAUGGCUUUCCUCUUCAACUGGAUUGGAUUUUUUCUCUCAUUUUGUCUGACAACUUCAGCAGCUGGCCGAUAUGGUGCAAUUUCUGGGUUUGGUCUUUCUCUCAUUAAGUGGAUACUUAUUGUAAGGUUUUCCACUUACUUUCCUGGAUAUUUUGAUGGUCAGUACUGGUUAUGGUGGGUGUUCCUUGUGCUUGGCUUUCUUCUGUUCCUCAGAGGUUUUAUCAACUAUGCAAAGGUUCGGAAAAUGUCUGAUUCAUUUUCCACUCUUCCUAGAACUAGGGUUCUCUUCAUUUACUAAAGGUGUUUUUAUGAAUAUCACCUGCCUGCAGUUAGUGUUCUGGAAAUAAUCUUUCAGGAAGUGAAUCAAGACCUAGAUCUCAAUAUAAGAAAAGCCAACAAAAGAUCACUGCUUUAAAUACUACAGAACAGUUCAAAGACAAGACAUUCUUUCUAUAUGUUUCUAGAUGUAAAAUUUUACUAGUGAAUGCUGAAACUUCUAUAACUAUUCAAUCAUUAGUGGCUAAUGUUUAAGUGCUAUUGCAAUCUGUGAUGUACAAAUUAAUGCCUUAUAUUCUGUUUGUAGUUAUUUAAUAGCAUGCACUAUGCCCUUUUAGACAGUAGAGGGCAGUCUUGCUUUAUACUUUCCUAUGUUUAAUUUGAAAAUUACAUUUAGUGUACAAUAAUGCUGGUCAUGAUUUUAUUCAUUCUGGGGCUCUUAUUAGUUCACAUGGUGGUUUCAAACAAAAAAUCCUUGGCAUUUGCAAAAGUAGAACUUAGAAACUUACAAAUGACUAAUUUUCAACUAGCCAUCCACACACUUGUACUAAAUGUUUAACUAAAAUUUCAACUCGAAGUAUAUUGUUAAACUGUAUGUAACUGUGGAAAAUGUUAGAGUUGGGUGGCAAAAUUUGUCCAUGAUGUAGUUUGAUUUCAUGAAAGAAUUAUUUUUAAAAAGUGCUUUAUCUAUUAUUGUCACUCUGUCAUUGUUUUAAUACUGUGACUCAUUAUUCAGCACAUACCUUAUUGAAAGCAAAUAGAAGAAAUAAAUAGAAAAGCAACAUGCUAACUUUUUAUGGAUAUUCAUUAUUUAAUGAAUUUAAUAAUGGGCCCAGUUACUUUUAGAAGACAUUUUUAUUUUAAUUGUUGUGAAUUCUCCAGGUUAACAGAUGCAGUUAAACAUGUGUUGCAGAGCCUUGAAGGGGAUGGCAACAAACACAAUUUUUGAUGACAUUAUUGGAAACAGAUGAAAUGAUUAAGCUUUCUGGAUUUGUUUUCCCCACUUACAAAUUGAUUGUAUUAAUACAUCACUUUGGACUUUCUUGUGUAAGGGUAUUUUGCUUUAAUUUGAAAAAUGGUUUAAUUUUUUUAUAAAGAAAUAUUUGAGGUACACUAUUUUUUGACUUUAUUUGGCUUUUACUGUCUUUUUAGCACUGCAUUUCCAGAAAUUUAAGCACACUGCUUUUAGUAGGAUAAUGAGUGUAAUUAUAUUGGAAAAAAUUAUAUUUCUGUUCUCUGUUAACCAGCUUUAUGUACUAUAUUUAGUUCUGUGGCCCACUUGAACAUUUGAGAUGAUCCCCAUGACUUCUUUUGUUUGCUUUCUUAUAAAUUGGUGUAAUAUCAUAAGUGAGAAGGUCUUUUCUCUGCUGCUUUUCAAGGAUGGCCUGAUGCACUCUGUGCUUUCUUGCCAUGUUAUUGUGACCUUGAUGGUUGGGGGGAGGGGUAAAAGUCUGUUUUUAGGGGUUGGGUGGUGUCUUAUUUAAAAAAGAAAAACUGUAAAUAUAGCAAAACAUCUAAUAAAUGUCACUUAUAUAGCA